AUGGCGGCUCCGGUGGUCCAGCUGCGGGCUCUUUGCCGACUGUGUCGUGUGGUGCUGUUCCUCUCGCAGUUCUACAUCCUGUCGGGCGGCGGGUCCUUCAGCGAGGAGCCCUCGCAGCCGCUGCCGCAGGCCAUCAAGGAUCCGGGCCCCACAAGGACCUUCACUGCGGCGCCCAGGGCGGCAGAAAGUACCGAUAUCCCACCUUAUAUGAUGAAGUGUCCGAGCAAUGGCCUGUGUAGCAGACUUCCUGCAGACUGUAUAGAUUGCAAGACCAAUUUCUCCUGUGUCUAUGGGAAGCCUGUUACUUUUGACUGCACAGUCAAACCUUCUGUUACCUGUGUUGAUCCAGACUUCAAAUCCCAGAAGAGUUUUGUCCUCAACAUGACCUGUAGGUUCUGCUGGCAGCUCCCGGAGGCUGACUAUGAGUGCUUCAGCUCCAGCAACUGCAGGGCGGUGUCCUGCCCUCGGCAGCGCUAUGCAGCCAACUGCACUGUGCGGGACCACAUCCACUGCCUGGGUAACCGCACUUUUCUGAAGAUGCUCUACUGCAACUGGACUGGAGGAUACAAGUGGUCCACAGCCCUGGCUCUGAGCAUCACCCUUGGUGGGUUUGGAGCAGACCGCUUCUACCUGGGCCAGUGGCGAGAAGGCCUCGGCAAGCUCUUCAGCUUCGGGGGCCUGGGAAUAUGGACGCUGAUUGACGUCUUGCUCAUUGGGGUUGGCUACGUGGGACCAGCGGAUGGCUCUUUGUACAUUUAG